CUAUAAACAGCCCAGCGCCCAGGAUGCCCCACAAGAUUGGCUUCGUUGUCGUCAGCUCAUCUGGACAUGAAGAUGGCUUCAGUGCCCGGGAACUGAUGAUUCACGCACCAACCGUCAGCGGGUGGAGGUCACCGAGAUUUUGCCAGUUUCCACAAGAAAUCGUCCUUCAGAUGGUGGAGAGGUGUCGAAUCAGGAAGCUGCAGCUGCUUGCCCACCAGUACAUGAUCCCAAGUAAAGUGGAGUUCUACAUCAGCGAGAGCCUGCCCGAGUACUUUGUGCCCUACCAGGCGGAGCGGUUCCGGAGACUUGGCUACAUCUCUCUCUGUGACAAUGAGAAGACAGGCUGCAAAGCCCGGGAGCUGAAGUCCGUCUACGUGGAUGCAGUAGGACAGUUCCUGAAGCUGAUUUUUCACGAGAACCACGUCAACAAGUACAACAUAUACAAUCAGGUUGCUCUGGUUGCAGUAAAUAUCAUUGGAGACCCUGCAGAUUUCGGUGAUGAAAGCAAUAUUACCUCUAGAGAGAAGCUGAUUGAUCAUUAUCUGGGGCACAACAGUGAGGACCCAGCUCUGGAAGGAACUUGUACUGGGAAAUCUGACUAUAUUUCUCCACUAGAUGACUUAGCUUUUGAUAUGUACCAAGAUCCAGAAGUUGCCCAGAUUAUACGUAAAUUAGAUGAAAGAAAACGUGAAGCUGUCCAAAAGGAACGUUACGACUAUGCCAAGAAGCUAAAACAAGCUAUUGCUGAUUUGCAAAAGGUCGGAGAGCGGCUCGGGCGGUACGAGGUGGAGAAGCGCUGUGCGGUGGAGAAGGAGGACUACGACCUGGCCAAGGAGAAGAAGCAGCAGAUGGAGCAGUUCCGAAGCCAGGUGUAUGAGCAGCUGCAGCUACACAGCCUGGUGGACCCCGAGCCGGUGCGAAGGCCUUCCGACCUGCCCCUCCAGCCCCUUGCCCACUCUGCCAGUCCUCGCCACCAACAGCCGGUGCCGUCCCUCCCGCAAGAAGACAGGGCGCCAGAAAGCUGGUUUGCAGAGCCUUUCCCUCAGGAGAAGCCUCCAGCGCAUGCCCUGGGCCCUUCUCAGCACUCCACAGUGGACCUGUCACCGCGCGCCACAGACCUUCAUCUCAAGACCCAUCUCCAGUCCAUGCCCUAUGACGAGCGGCCCCUUCCUGCCUCGCGGAAGCAGCCAGCAGUGGCCCUGGAGCCAGAAAAGAGUGACAGUGAUGUCAGCGAGGCUCCCAGAGGAGGUGCGGCUGGAGAGCCGGAGCCCUUGACGGAGAAGGCCCUGAGGGAGGCCGGCCCCGCCGUGGACGUGCUCGGAGAGAGCCUGGUCGCCGGGGCCUAUUCCAAGACAUGGUCGUACCGGGAGGACGCGCUGCUGGCCCUGUAUAAGCGACUGAUGGAGACGCCUGCUGGAACCCCGAAGGAAGAGCUGAAGAGCAUGCUGCGCGCAUCUAUCUUUCUCGUGAGAAGAGCCCUCAGAGACAUAGUGACCCCGGUUUUUCAGGCUUCUUUGAAAUUGUUGAAAAUGAUAAUUACGCAAUAUAUUCCUAAACACAAACUGAGUAAGCUUGAAACUGCUCACUGUGUGGAAAGAACCAUCCCCAUCCUGCUCACCAGGACUGGAGACUCUUCUGCUCGCCUCCGAGUCAUAGCUUCAAACUUUAUUCAGGAAAUGGCCUUGUUCAAGGAAGUUAGGUCUCUCCAAAUUAUUCCAUCUUACCUGGUGCAGCCAUUAAAAGCCAACUCUUCGAAUCAUCUGGCAAUGAGUCAGAUAGGCCUCCUGGCCCGGCUUCUGAAAGACCUGGGCACCAGGGGCACGGGCUUCACCAUCGAUAACGUGAUGAAGUUUUCAGUGAGCACCCUGGAGCACAGAGUGUAUGAGGUUCGAGAGACAGCGGUUAGAGUUAUUUUGGACAUGUAUAAACAGCACCGGGCUUUUAUUCUAGAGUACCUCCCUCCCGACGACAACACCAUACGCAAGAAUGUUCUCUAUAAAACAAUUUUUGAGGGAUUUGCUAAAAUAGAUGGCAGACCUACAGAAGCUGAAAUUAGGGCACAGAAGAAAGCAGCUACAGAAGAAGCAGAAAAACGAAAGAAAGAAGAAAUUAAAGCUUUACAAGGGCAGUUGGCCGCACUCAAGGACAUUCAGGCCGAAGCCCAGGGGAAAGAAGGCCCCUCGGUGGAGGCGGAGAGUCAGGACACACAAGGAGGGAAAGCAGCCUCCCCGCCGGCCCCGGAAGCCCCAGAUAAUCACUAUUUGGAUAAUUUGUGUAUCUUCUGUGGGGAAAGGAGUGAGUCCUUCACAGAAGAGGGGCUGGACCUGCACUACUGGAAGCAAUGUCUCAUGCUGACGAGGUGCGCCCACUGCAAACAGGUGGUGGAGAUCUCCAGCCUGACGGAGCACUUGCUGACAGAAUGCGACAAGAAAGAUGGGUUUGGAAAGUGUUACCGCUGCAACGAGGCUGUUCUGAAGGAAGAGCUGCCCAGACACAUAAAAACGAAGGAGUGUAACCCUGCCAAACCAGAGAAGCUGGCAAACCGGUGCCCUCUGUGCCAUGAGAACUUCUCCCCUGGAGAGGAGGCGUGGAAAGCUCACCUCAUGGGCCCCGCUGGCUGCACAAUGAACCUGCGUAAGACCCACGUGCUGCCCAAGGCUCCUGCUCUGCUGCCGGGUAAAGGCCCAGCCAUGGCCAAAUCAGGGACCUCAGGAUCAAAGAUUGGAAGCAAGAUCCCAACCCCGAAGGGACUGAGCAAAAGCUCUGGCAGGACAUACACAAAGCAGUGA